ACAGUUGACGAAGAAAAUGAGGAUCCUCAAACAGUUGAUGAAGAAAAUGAGGAUCCUCAAACAGUUGUCGAAGAAAAUGAGGAUCCCCAAACAGUUUCCAAAGAGGAGGCUGUUGAAAAUUGAAAAUGGUGGGAUCUCUUUUCUUCUCCAUUUAAUGCUUAUAAACUAUAGAAGAGGGAAUUUUUGAGG